UUUCAAUGUGGUGGUUUCUGAUUGGCUCUCCGGUAGGAAGCGAGAAGACAGUUCAUUCUCAGGGAUAAUGCGACAUAUUCUCUGUAUGUUCUUAUACAUUUAGUUAGAUUUGAGUUUUCGGUGAUAGAGUUUUGAAUGGACUAUAAUUCGGCUGUGUUAACUACAUGUGCACGGCUUCUUCUGCUAUGUUUCAUCGGACUAAAGGCAGCGGAGCCGUCGGACGGAGGCGGCUGGUCAUCAAACUCAGAUUUCAGAUUAGAAGAUGAAGGUCUUUGUAACAUCGAUGUGUUGGAUGGAUCUUCACUCUCACAUCAGCAGUUCAUUGAAAGAUACGCGUACAGCAGACCGGUGAUCCUCAGAGGGCUGACCGAUAACACGAGGUUCAGGUCGUCGUGCUCCAGGUCCACUUUACUAGAAGACUAUGGCGCCCGGAGAGUUCGCCUCAGCACAGCGAACACUUACUCUUACAGGAAAGUGGACGUCCCUCUGCAGGAGUACGUGGACGUCUUACUGAGGCCUCAGGCUGCAGACGCCCUCGGCAGCGAGACGCUGUAUUUCUUUGGAGACAACAACUUCACCGAGUGGCAGAGUUUGUUUGAGCAGUACGAGUCUCCACCGUACGUCCUGCCUCACACCAGCGGAGCGUACAGCUUCGGGAUCGCAGGUCCUGGAACAGGAGUCCCCUUUCACUGGCACGGCCCCGGCUACUCCGAAGUCAUCUACGGAAGAAAGCGUUGGUUCCUCUACCCGCCUGACAAGGAGCCGCACUUCCACCCGAACCGCACCACCCUGUCCUGGCUGACGGAGACGUACCCCCAGCUGCCGGAGGACGAGGCUCCGCUGGAGUGCACCAUCAGACCCGGAGAGGUGCUGUAUUUCCCCGACCGCUGGUGGCAUGCCACGCUCAACCUGGACACCAGCGUCUUCAUCUCCACUUUCCUCGGCUGAGCUCGCCAGCGUUUCUUUUCUUCAGCAGUUUGUCUCACGGAGGACAAACACUCAGCAACAAAAAGACUGUAUUUGUCUGUAUGUUUCAGCUGUGAUUUUUGGGAUCAUAUUUAAGUCUGAAGGACCACAGUUACAUUCCACGUUAACACUUUAACUUAGCGAUAUAUCAGCAUGAAACUUCUCCAGUUGAUUAAUGACAUUCAAACUAGUUUAGCAUUACAAGUUUUCUGAAAUGUUAUGUUUAGAUAUGCAAAUGAGUCAUUAUCUUGCUAAACAUACACAUGCUAAUUUGCAUACAUUUCCAGAAGAGAAAUGUGAAUGUUGGAUAAAGCCAGGUGUUUUAUUGGGUGGAUAUAUUUCCACAGAGGGGGUUUGGGACAUCUCGUCUCUCUUCUCCAUUCAGCCAUGUUCAUAAUAAUCUAAUAAUACAAACACACAUUUAAUGACCAAAGGAGCUAAAAGAGACGACGUCCCUCACACAGUGAUAAACAUACAUUCCUGUCAGGAUCAAUUGCAGUUGGAAAAACUCAUGUAUUACGUCACCUCAUCAUUUAGUUCAGUCAGCCGAACUGAAUCUUAAAGUCAUAAAGAACAAGUCAAACUCCGAGGUAGAAAACAUGGAACAUUUAUUUAAAUCACAACCUUUUCAAACGUCUUUGUGCAGCAGGGGCACGUUCAGCCUCGAUAAAACGUAGUAAAAUGUUUGUUUAAACUGAAACAGAGUUGCGUUGAACACCCUGCUCUGCCUUUUUAUUACCGCAAGUUUACAGACACUUCACUUCUGAUUGGGUAACAUCUAUGACACGCCCACCAAACCAGAGAAAACCAAUAAUACAUCCUAUAAUACAUCCAUGGAGGAAACAUACCUCAAAGCCCGGCAUGCACCGUUUCACAGCGUUCUGAGGAAAUAUGUCGUUCAACAUGGGAACUGUUGCAUAACUGAGCCCACCCUUUAGAGACUGAACGUACCCCGGGCUGAUCACUCAAGAGUUCCUGUGCAGCAGGACGUGAUGCGACCGAAAACUAGUG